AUGAUAGCUGAUGGUCACAGCGGAACAUUUGAUUUUGCCUUCAUUGAUGCAGACAAGGAAAACUAUCCGCUCUACUAUGAUCGAGUAGUAAAACUGUUGAGGAAAGGAGGAGUACUGAUGAUCGAUAAUGCCCUAUGGCAUGCACGAGUAACAGAAGAUCCAUCUACAUUCGAUUCAUCAACUAGAGGCAUUCAUGAAACUAACGUAAUGAUCCACAACGACGAUCGUACCCAUUCCGCUCUGUUCAACUGUGGUGAUGGUCUUCAUGUGGCUUUCAAAAAAUGA